AAAGCCGAAACUAAAAACCCAAAAACAACUUAACUGUUUCUUCCUUAUUUGAAAACUAUGCUUCUUAUUCUUCUUCAUAGUUCUCUUUAACAACACACUCUUUCUCUCUCAAACGCAAACGCAAAAGCUGAAAAUUAAAUUAAACAAAUUCACAACGAUUCCUCAUUGUUUUUGUUCGUUGCUUUUCUUCAUCAACAUUCUUCCUUGCUUCUCUUAUGUUUUGAUUAAAGUUGGAACUCUGGUUAAUUAGCUGUGCCAACUUUAAUCGGAAGGAUGGGUAGCACAUUCAAUCCACAGAUUUUAGUGGAAAAACUAGCCAAGCUGAAUAGCUCGCAGACAAGCAUAGAGACUUUGUCACAUUGGUGCAUAUUUCAUAUGAACAAAGCCAAACAAGUUGUCGAAACGUGGGCUAAACAGUUCCAUUCCUCUCCUCGUGAGAAGAAAUUGGCAUUUCUGUUUCUUGCAAAUGAUAUUUUACAAAACAGCAGGCGAAAGGGUUCUGAAUUUGUUGGUGAAUUUUGGAAGGUUCUUCCAGAUUCUCUUCGAGAUGUCAUUCAAAACGGAGACGACAAUGCAAGGAACCAAGCGCGUCGACUGAUUGGUAUAUGGGAUGAAAGAAAAGUUUUUGGUUCUCGUGGUCAAAUUCUUAAGGAAGAAUUUGUUGGGAGGCAUGCGGAAAACAAUAACCGUGAUGUGAAACCUAUGAACGCGAAACCUACAAAUGUGAAACCUAUGAACGUAAAACUGAGGCCAUCUGCCGGGAAUGCAUUGGACAGAAUAGUUUCAGGCUAUCAGUAUAUUUAUGGAGGGCAGACAGAUGAAGAUGCUGUAUUAAGCAAAUGCCAGAAUGCCAUUAGUUCUCUUGAGAAAGUAGAUAAGGAAAUAGAUCAUGAUAGUAAUUCAGGGAAAUUCCAUGGACCUGCAGUAGUGAAUGAACUCCAGGGGCAUAAUGGCAUACUAAAGGACUGCAUUGAUCAGUUAACAGCAAUAGAAUCAUCAAGAGCCAGCCUUGUCUCUCACCUGAGAGAGGCUCUUCAGGAUCAGGAAUUCAAGCUGGGUCAAGUCCGUAGCCAGAUUCAGGCUGCACGUGUUCAGUGGGAGCAUUCCAACAAUACCUGCCAACAAUUACUGAAUGGCAACAAUAUUCAGUCAUUAGUUGAACAAAGCUCAAAGGAAAUUCAAACCUCCAUGACACCUGCAAGUUUUAUCUCUGGCGGGGAGCAGUCAGCCCCCUUAAUGUAUUCACCACAAGUGAUGUUUUCUCAAAAUUCUGGACACAGUGAGGAAGAUCCACGCAAGUCUGCAGCUGCUGCAGUGGCAGCAAAGCUGACUGCUUCCACAUCCUCUGCCCAGAUGCUGUCUUAUGUGCUAUCCUCUUUAGCAUCAGAGGGUGUCAUAGGAAAUCAGAUGACAGGGUCUUCUGCUGAUUAUCAUGCCGAGAAAAGGACAAAGCUUGAGAAUGACCAAUCUUAUGUGCCAUCUCAGAAUCCUCAACAACCAUUACCUCCCUUUUCACUUUCUGAACCUACCCAAACAUCCAACCAGCAAUCUACUCCAAAUGAGCCACCACCUCCUCCCUCAUCAUCACCUCCCCCAUUACCCCCACUGCCACCAACACCUCAACAAUACCCUGUGCCGCAGUUCAUGCAGAAUGUUGGAUCCGUUAACAAUAUGGCAUAUAGCUAUGGCGUGAUGCAACAGCCAUCAAUGGCAACCUAUCCUGCAGUUGGGGUUUCCAUGAACAACAUAUCUCCUUAUACACCUCAAAUGAAUGCUUAUCAGGGUUUUCAGGGGCCUGAUGGAAAUUACUACAACCAGCCCUCCUCAAUGCCUAUGGUCCCCAUUUCUCGCCAAUAAAAUUCCCAAUUCUGAGUCCCAUAGCAUCUCUUUGAGGUAAGCAAAGGUGUCUUAGAACAACCUUUGUACCUCUACCCUUAACAUUACUAUUGGAAUCUGAUUAUCACUAUAUAAUCAGAUGUGAACAUAGUAAAUGUUGUAUAACAUGUAGUUGAAGACAGGUGCAAAUUUUCUGGAGUGACAAUAACUUAAUGCUGUGUUACCUUUGAGGAUAAUGUUUUUUUUUCUUUCAGUAGGGUUAUUUAUCUUUUCAAGACUGUAAAAUUUAGCAGAUAUUGUUGCCUUGGAGGCUUUCUAGAUGUCUGUGUUUUGUAGUGUUGUAGACAUGUCUUCAUUUGCUGCUGAAUUGGUUACUGAUGUAAUUUUUCAUCAGUGCUACUGGCUAGCUUGCAUAUCUUCAAAAGAUUUGCAUUUUCCCCUACAGGUGCCUGCUGGACAGUUAUGUGUACAGACCAGGGUCAAGUUAGUUUGAAACAUUUAUUUAUUUAUUUAUAUUAUACAUGACAACUUGUUGUGAUA